UGAGAAUUCCAUGGACCCUCAAACACCGUAUAAAUAAGAGUAUAAAUAUGUGUGAGCCUUUGCACUCCGCCGCCUCAUUCAUCUUAUUCAGUUCUCAAAACUCUAUCCUCCGAUUCUCUCUUUUCUUCGCGAACCCUAUUACGAGCUUCUCAUCAAUUCCAGUUGUUCAUCAAAUCUUCCGGUUGUUGGUUUGGCGUCCCUGCAAGUUCUGCUGUGGCAGAUUAUAAAGUGAAAGUGUCACGCCCAAGUUUCUUUCAUGUUUGAACAGGCUACUACCCAUUUUGGAGCAAUUGAGCUGCUAGCAGAGUAUUUUUCUUCUACUAGAAAAAACUACAUACCUUUGUCGUGCCAAGUUAGCUGUAUGCAUCGUGAGACAUACCAUAAAAUCCCUCGGUUUUCUGAUUGCGGUUGGCCACCUACCAUAAUCUCUGAAGGAGAGUCUUUGAGGGUGCAAGCAGCCUUAGAGACCACUACCCCAGCUUUGUAUUGCUUUCUCUGAACAUCUAUUUGUUAAUCAUCAUCAUCAUGGCUCUGCAGAACAUUGGUGCCGCAAAUAGCGAUGAUGCCUUCUACAGGUAUAAGAUGCCUAAAAUGAUAACCAAGAUUGAGGGCAGAGGUAAUGGCAUCAAAACCAAUAUUGUCAAUAUGGUUGACAUUGCAAAAGCGUUGGCUAGGCCGGCAUCUUACACCACCAAAUAUUUCGGUUGUGAGCUUGGAGCACAAUCAAAAUUCGAUGAGAAAACUGGCACUUCUCAUGUUAAUGGAGCACAUGAUACUGCAAAACUUGCGGGCCUUCUUGAGAACUUCAUUAAGAAAUAUGUCCAAUGCUACGGUUGUGGAAAUCCUGAAACUGAUAUUUUGAUUACAAAGAGUCAAAUGAUCCAGCUGAAAUGUGCUGCUUGUGGUUUUGUGUCUGAUGUGGACAUGAGGGACAAGCUGACUACCUUUAUCAUCAAGAACCCUCCCGAAGCAAAGAAAGGAUUGAAAGACAAAAAGGCCAUGAGGAGAGCUGAGAAGGAGAGGAUGAAGGAAGGUGAAAUGGCUGAUGAGGAACAGAAGAAACUGAAGAAAGAGGUUAAGAAGAAAGGCUCUUCAUCGUCAAAGGAUGGCACUGUAAAAUCUAGUAAGAAGAAAGCAGGUAGCUCUGAUGAGGAACGUGUAUCUCCUACACACAGUCAAAUUGAUGAGAAAGAGGAGGCUCGUGAUGAAGAUGAUGAUGGUGAUGAUGAUGUUCAGUGGCAAACGGAUACAUCUAUUGAUGCUGCUCGUCAACGUAUCCAAGAACAGUUAAGUGCUGUGACUGCUGAUAUGGUCAUGCUCUCGACAAAUGAACCAGAGAAGAAGAAAAAGACAGAAAGCAAGGGUUCUGAGAAUGGUGACACUGUGAACUAUGCAACUGUGGUCAGGGAAGUGAAAGCAUAUUUGAAGAAAGGUGUUGCAGCGAAGGAAUUGCAGUCACAUAUUGCUGCAUUUCCUGUAUCUGCUCAGGAGAAGAUGAAUGCACUUCUUGAAGGAUUAUUUGAUGGCAUCGAGAAAGGGUUUGGAAAAGAAGCUACCAAGAGGAAGAAUCACCUUGCUGCUGCAGUUGCUGGAGAUGACGAGGGAUCGCAGCUGUUAUUGCUCAAUGCUGUUGAGGAGUUCUGUUACAAGAAAGGUAGCAAUGCAUUGAAGGAGGUUGCCCUUAUUCUGAAAGCCCUCUAUGAUGUUGAUUUGGUGGAGGAAGAGCACGUCGUCCAUUGGUAUUCAAAGGGACUGAAGGGUGAUAAGAAGGACUCUCAGAUAUGGAAGAAUGCUCAACCAUUCAUUGAUUGGCUUCAGAAUGCUGAGUCAGAAUCAGAGGAAGAAUGAGAAUGAGAAAAGUUUGUGCUCAGUUCAGAAUAUUGAAGAUUAUGAUAUCACAUUUACUUACUGUUAUUGUCCUCAGUUUGUUGAUUUUCUUUACUGUUGUGUCCUUUUAUUUUGAAUAAAGGGUCUUGUUUUGGCCCCUUGUGUGGUUGAAGUGUUGCUACAGUUCAUGUAUCUGUCUGGAUUAUGCUUGAUAUUGUGUUCUAAGUACUAUGGUUUUAGUUAUAUAUUCGCUAUAAGAUAUGUUUCUGAUUA